AUGUCUGCGACAACACCAGACGCCGCCACUUUGACGUGAGUGGGACAGCCUUUCUCUGUGCCAAACUCGUGGUUCGCUCAUCUUGGCUUCCCUGACCCUGACAUAGUCGAAGAGCAUUCGGCGUCGCAACUAGUGGGAGGAAAGACAGCUCUGGGCUCAAGCCUUCGGAGGUCGUCACCGUGCUCGGGACCUUCGCGGUGGUCUUUCUGCUUUUGGUGGCCAUUGGGUGGAUGUGCAAGAUCUUCAACAAGCCAAGCAAAGAAGCGCAGCCGUACUACGCCACGUCCGGGCUCUAUCAACCAAGCGCUGCCGGCUAUGGGGCACGACAACCAGGCUCUUCCGCGGCUACAAAGGCCCAGACCAAUCUCGCAUUGCCUACGCCUGGUCAAGAGUAUGGUGCUAGAACAAGUUUGUUGAUGGCAGCUAGCCCGAUGGGAGCAGGUGGGCAAGGAUACGGCUCUCCUGGUGGCAGUGGAAGAGAGGACUACUUCUCGAAUGGCCCAUCGAUGGCCAACCAUGGCAGGAAUGCAUCAAGUUCUGCGCGAGGUGGGCAUGCUCGUGGAGAGAGCUCCGGAGUGAGGCUACCAGGCCCUUCCGCAGUGGCUCGUCGACCGAUGGGAGGUGCGAGCGGGCAACACCCACCCUUGUCAAAUGGAAGUGCACCUCCGGAUGGUGGUGGUUUCAAGCCGGGUCAGGUCUUCAAUCACUCGGCGUCAGCGUACGGAAUGCAAGGCCCAGGCGGCCCACAGCACCAAAUGAGAGCGGCGCCUCGAGGACCUCCGCCAGCUUCAGACCAAAACAGAAGGAGAUCACGAUACGCUAGACAGGGCGUUGGGGCCAUCGAUUCCGUCGGGCCAGGGCAGAUCAGGAAGAGCAUGUACAUGGGGAACGAAGGCGACGGCCCUACAAGUCCCGGUAGGAAUCGCGCGUCCAAAAGAAUCAGCCGAUACCCCAGCAACUUGGGCGAAGGUGGCGGCGGAAGCUUACGCAGAGUGGACAGUGUGGGCCGAGGGGACCACCGUCGAAGGAGUCAAGCUUACAAUGCGAACCGCUCGCCGAGCAUGUAUGGCAACAAUGGACUCAACGAGCGGGCUACCUUGCGCAGCGCUGCGGCCGACAAUUUUGGCGCGGGCAGAGGGCCGAGCAGCGAUCCACUGGGUGCUGAUCGGUCGCAGUACCAAGCUAGCGGCAUGCCUCAAUCUGCGCCUGCGGGGUUCAACGGCUUCACGCAGGGUCCGCCAGGUGCGACUUUGCAAGUAGGAGCGCGAAGACCCUCAGGCGGGAACAAUGGGCAGCAACCGAACGACUACUCGAACGGAUACUCGAACGGCUACGACGGUGCUGGUCCACGAUCGACGAACCAGCCCACUUCCUUUCUGCAGACGGAUCCUCGAGCUGGACCUCGAAGUCCUGGUCUCAAAGGUGGACCCCCUCGACCUAUGGGCCCACCAUCACCUGGCACCGCACCUCGAUACCAGGGUCAGCCUGGCAUGCCAUUCGCCAGCACUCCUUCGCCGGGAAUGGGAGGCGGAUAUGGAGGCAAUAUGAUCAGCACUGGGGGCGGAGGUAGCAGUCGACACUUGCUCUAA